AUGCGGCGAAAUGACAUUCUGCAAUGGUUGCGGGCGAACGAAAUUAUCAUUGAUGAUGAUGAUGCGCAGUUGACAGAUGAACAUGGGCUUUCUGCAGAGAGUCGUGGCCAACCUCUACAGCAUGAUCAGCAAGAACAAAUUUCUUCGGAGGAGAACUGCGUCGGUGGUGAUCAGCAUGAGAAUGAGGAUCCUGAGUUGAGUGGUGAACAGCGUUUUUUGGCAGAGGGUAAUGACCCACCUCCACAGCAUGAUCAGCAGGAACGAGCCUCUUCUGAGGAGCCUGGCCUUGGUGAUGCUCAGCAUGCACUUUCUCAGUCGCCUGGGGAGCGUAGCAUUGGUGAUCAUCAAUGCGAAGAGCUUGAGUUGACUGAUGCAGAGCGACCUUCUGCAGAUGUUAGUGACCAAUCUCAACAGCAUGAUCAGCAGGAACAAGUCUCGCCUAAUGAGCGCGGCCUUGGUGAUGCUCAGCAUGAAGGUUCAGAAUUGCCUGAUGCUCCGCCAGGUAUGGGUGAUGCAGAUAAUCAAAAUGAUGCUGAGUUGACUGAUGAACAGGGACCUUCCAGCUCCAGCUCCUCACGGUCAUCGUCGGAAGUGGAAGCGGAAUCCGAAGAUGAAUGCCCCUUGCACGACCGUGUUGACAAUUACAGAAGUGCGGCCAAAGAUGAUCGCAGACAAGUCUACAUGUGGACCUAUGCCCGAGCACCAGAGAUGAGCCGAGAAGAUGUUGCAACCGUCAUUACGAAUGCCUAUGCUGCAGCAGGUGUGCAGAUUCUCCACUACUCGGUGUUUCGUGAGCAUCACCCGACCUCCCGGUCUGAGCUAGAGCGGCAGUUCCAUUUCCAUAUCAUCGUAGAGAGCGAUGAGAGACACCGAUGGCGAGCAAUUGCGCGGGUUCUUCGAAGCCAAGACCGCCCCAUGCACUGCUCGGCGGCCGGCUCCGGCCGUUCGGUCUACUGGGGUGCAUUUGCUUAUUGUUAUGUGCCCAGUGCCAAGAAGCCUCGGGAACACUUAGACACUUGUUACCUCUUGAGUCGUGGGCAUCCAGACAUUUUGCAACGGCUUGUGAAAGACAGACGUCCAAAGCGUGUGAAGCCAUUGGAGCUUGGAAAUGUUCUUCGACAACAAGAGAUUCGAUCCUUGGAUGCUUUCUAUGCCUUUGCAAAAAGGCAGGCGGAUGGUGGCGACGAUCGGUGGUUGAGCGUGGCCUAUGGGACGCAGGCGAAAAGACUGCAGGAACAGAUUGCUGCUGUUUGGGCUGUCGAAACCGCAGGCAGAAGAUUGGAGGACUUGAACUGGCUCCGCUUUGACCGAGAUGCAUCUCAUUUUGACAUCCUUUCUCAAGGUCUGCGCCACACUUGCUCUUGCAACGGCCGCGCCAUUCCUGGAUGGAACUUUUUGCUGGAGCACAACGGCAUUGCCAUUGCGGACUACCGGGACUCCAUUGUGCGCUUGUUCCAGUCUGGUGGAGGAAAAGGAAUGAAUCAUUUCUACUAUGGUGCUCCUUCGUCUGGGAAAACCGCAUUGACGCGGCCAAUCCUAGCUCUUUUCAAGCAAUAUGUCAUGUUGAAGCCGCAAGUGGCAACAUCCUUCCCAUUGCACCCCUCAUCGGAAAGAAGGCCUUGGUUUGGAACGAUUUCCGGUUCCCACAUCCGCCACUGUCCUGGGGUGACCUCCUGA